AUGGCGUCACCUCCCCCGAUUGUCCUUGAUGGCGGCACGGGCUUCCUCAAGGUCGGCUAUGCCGCGCAGAACUUCCCUGAAUUCCAAUACCCCUCCAUCGUCGGCCGGCCCAUCCUGCGCACAGAAGAAAAGGGCGACAAUGACCUGGUCAUCAAGGACAUUAUGUGCGGCGACGAGGCCGCCGCCGCGCGCACGAUGCUGCAGAUCAGCUACCCCAUGGAGAACGGCAUCGUCAAGAAGUGGGACGACAUGCAGCACCUCUGGGACUACACCUUUUACGAGAAGAUGCAGAUCGACACGACGGACCGCAAGAUCCUGCUGACCGAGCCGCCCAUGAACCCGCUCAAGAACCGCGAGCAGAUGUGCGAGGUCAUGUUUGACCGCUACAACUUUGGCGGCGUCUACGUGGCCAUCCAGGCCGUGCUGGCCCUCUACGCCCAGGGCCUGUCGUCGGGCGUGGUCGUCGACUCGGGCGACGGCGUCACGCACAUUGUGCCCGUCUACGAGUCGGUCGUGCUCAACCACCUGACGCGCCGCCUCGACGUGGCCGGCCGCGACGUCACCCAGAACCUGAUUGCGCUGCUGCUGCGCCGCGGCUACGCCCUGAACCGCACGGCCGACUUUGAGACGGUGCGCCAGAUCAAGGAGAAGCUGUGCUACGUCAGCUACGACCUCGAGCUCGACAAGCGCCUCAGCGAGGACACCACCGUGCUCGUCGAGAGCUACACGCUGCCCGACGGCCGCGUCAUCCGCGUCGGCAGCGAGCGCUUCGAGGCGCCCGAGUGCCUGUUCCAGCCGCACCUCGUCGACUGCGAGCAGCCCGGUAUGGCCGAGUUUCUGUUCAACACCAUCCAGCAGGCCGACGUCGACGUGCGCUCGUCGCUCUUCAAGGCCAUUGUGCUGUCGGGCGGCAGCAGCAUGUACCCCGGCCUGCCCUCGCGCCUCGAGAAGGAGCUCAAGCAGCUGUGGCUGACGCGCGUCCUGGGCGGCAACCCGGAGCGCCUGAGCAAGUUCAAGGUGCGAAUAGAAGACCCGCCGCGCCGGCGACACAUGGUGUUCCUGGGCGGCGCCGUGCUCGCCAACAUCAUGGCCGACAAGGAGUCCAUGUGGGUGACAAAGGCGGAGUGGCAGGAGCAGGGUGCCCGCGUGCUAGAGAAGCUAGGGCCGCGAUAG